AUGGAGACGGCAGAGAAGGAGUGCGGCGCCCUGGGCGGGCUCUUCCAGGCCAUCGUCAACGACAUGAAGAGCUCCUACCCCAUCUGGGAGGACUUCAACUCCAAGGCCACGAAGCUGCAUUCCCAGCUAAGGACCACCGUGCUGGCUGCUGUGGCCUUCCUGGAUGCCUUCCAGAAAGUGGCUGACAUGGCCACCAACACCAGAGGGGCCACGCGGGACAUCGGCUCGGCGCUCACGCGCAUGUGCAUGCGCCACCGCAGCAUCGAGACCAAGCUGCGGCAGUUCACCAAUGCGCUGCUGGAAAGCCUCAUCAACCCGCUGCAGGAGCGCAUCGAGGACUGGAAGAAGUCGGCCAACCAACUGGACAAGGACCACGCGAAAGAGUACAAACGAGCCCGGCAUGAAAUCAAGAAGAAAUCGUCUGACACGCUGAAGCUGCAGAAAAAAGCACGCAAAGAGCUACUUGGGAAAGGAGACCUGCAGCCCCAGCUGGACAGCGCCCUGCAGGACGUCAAUGACAUGUACCUGUUGCUGGAGGAGACAGAGAAGCAGGCGGUGCGCCGAGCCCUGAUUGAGGAGCGCGGCCGCUUCUGCACCUUCAUCACCUUCUUGCAGCCGGUGGUGAACGGCGAGCUGACCAUGCUGGGGGAGAUCACCCACCUGCAGGGCAUCAUCGACGACUUGGUGGUACUGACUGCAGAGCCCCACAAGCUGCCCCCCGCCAGCGAGCAGGUGAUCAAAGACCUGAAGGGCUCAGACUACAGCUGGUCCUACCAGACACCACCCUCGUCGCCCAGCAGCUCCAGCUCCCGCAAGUCCAGCAUGUGCAGUGCCCCCAGCAGCGGUAGCAGCGCCAAGGGUGGCGGAGCCCCGUGGCCUGGGGGCGCCCAAACAUACUCACCCAGUUCCACCUGUCGCUACCGCAGCCUGGCACAGCCAGCCGCCACCACCCGCCUCUCCAGUGUCUCCUCCCAUGACUCUGGCUUCGUCUCCCAGGACGCCACCUAUUCCAAGCCUCCUUCACCCAUGCCUUCAGACAUCACCAGCCAGAAGUCCUCCAGCUCCGCGUCCUCCGAGGCCUCGGAAACCUGCCAGUCCGUUAGCGAGUGCAGCUCCCCCACCUCGGAUUGGUCCAAGGCCGGCCCCCACGAGCAGCCUGCGGGCACCACCCUGCAGCGGAGGAAGGACCGAGUGGAGCUCCUCCGAGACGCAGAGCCAGGCCCCACCAGUGGGGGCACCCUGGGCCCCGGUGGGGAGGAGGCGCCGCGGCCCCGGAUGUCCCCUGCCACCAUCGCAGCCAAGCACGGUGAGGAGGUGUCCCCUGCAGCCAGCGACCUGGCCAUGGUGCUGACCCGCGGCCUGAGCCUUGAGCACCAGAAGAGCAGUCGGGACUCGCUACAGUACUCAAGUGGCUACAGCACGCAGACCACCACGCCUUCCUGCUCAGAGGACACCAUCCCCUCCCAAGGCUCCGACUACGACUGCUACUCAGUGAACGGGGAUGCAGACAGCGAGGGCCCACCCGAGUUCGACAAGUCGUCCACCAUUCCCCGCAACAGCAACAUCGCCCAAAACUACCGCCGCCUGAUCCAGACCAAGCGCCCAGCCUCCACCGCAGGGCUGCCCACCACCUCGGGCACGGGUCUGCCCUCAGGCGCGCCCCCUGGCGUGGCCACCAUCCGCCGCACACCCUCCACCAAGCCCACGGUGCGUCGCACCCUCUCCAGUGCCGGCCCCAUCCCAAUCCGACCACCCAUUGUGCCCGUGAAGACGCCCACAGUGCCUGACUCACCUGGCUACACGGGGCCUGUGCGGGCAGGCAGCGAGGAGUGUGUCUUUUACACUGACGAGGCUGCCUCAACCCUGGCAGUGGACUUGGCCAAGGCCUCCCCAAAGAGGCUCAGCCUGCCCAACACGGCCUGGGGCAGCCCCUCCCCGGAGGCAGCUGGCUACGCGGGACCGGGGGCUGAGGACGACGAGGAGCAGCAGCAGCAGCAGCUGGCCGCCAACCGGCACAGCCUGGUGGAGAAGCUCGGGGAGUUAGUGGCAGGUGCCCAUGCCCUGGGCGAGGGCCAGUUUCCCUUCCCCAUGGCACUGUCGACCACCCCGGCAGAGGAGACGCCCACCCCGCCCCCCGCCGCCAACAGCGACCCCCCAGCUGAAGACAUGCUGGUGGCCAUCCGGCGCGGGGUCCGGCUCCGCAGGACCGUCACCAAUGACAGGUCGGCGCCCCGCAUCUUGUGA